GCCGUGGCUGCUGUGCGAGGCGCUGUGUGAGAGAGGAGGAAGAUGGCGGGGACGCAUGGGCUGCUGGCGGCCGGACUGUUCCGCAGGCGGGUGGCCAUCGUCACUGGCGGCGGCACCGGCAUUGGCAAGGCCGUUGCCGCCGACUUGCUGGCGUUAGGUUGCAAUGUUGUUAUUGCCUCUCGUAAAUUUGACCGAUUAAAAGCUGCUGCAGAAGAACUGACUAAUAAAUUUUCUUCCAUCAGUCCUGCCAAAGUGACUCCCAUACAGUGCAAUAUCCGCAAUGAAGAUGAGGUAGAAGCUGUGGUGAAGUCUACACUAAGUCUGUAUGGGAAGAUUGACUUCCUGGUGAAUAAUGGAGGGGGCCAAUUUGUAAGGCCGUCUGAAGCCAUAAGUGCAAAAGGCUGGAAUGCUGUGAUAGACACAAAUCUGACAGGGACCUUCUACUGCUGCAAAGCAGUGUACAAUGCUUGGAUGAAGGAACAUGGAGGAGUCAUUGUCAACAUUACUGUUACCGUGAGAAAUGGGCUUCCUGGAAUGUUGCAUUCAGGAGCUGCAAGAGCUGCAGUGAAUAACCUAACCAAGACUUUGGCUUUAGAAUGGGCCCACAGCGGAGUAAGAAUCAACAACAUUGCUCUUGGACUAGUUUUUUCAGAAACUGCUGUUGCAAAUUAUGGAGAACAAGGCACAAUGAUGUGGUCAAAGAUCAUACCAAAUAUUCCUGCCAAGAGGUCAGCGGUUCCUGAGGAGAUCUCUCCUUCAGUGUGUUUCCUGCUGUCUCCAGCUGCUUCUUACAUAACUGGGAUAACUCUGACUGUGGAUGGUGGCCAAAGUUUAUAUAGGUCUCCCCUAGAGAUCCCCGAUCACGACAGAUGGCCCUCACCACCAGAAGGAAAAAAUUCUGAAAUGCUUCAAAAGCUUCUUUCUGGCAAAUUCAAGCCAAAACUGUAAAAAGAAUGAUAUUUCACCUUAUUCCUAGUUGCACACUUGCUGAUUUCCUCUUUAAGUUUGCUGGAGUAUGAAAAUCCAUGAAGAAGGGAAGUUUAUACAUAAUGAUGGUGAAAUGCAUCACUCAGUGAAAUGGAACAUUGGUGAGCAUCAUCCUGUGUGGGAGACAUGUUCAGUCUAGAAUUAAUAAACUCCUCCACAAGUAAGAACUAUAACAAACCUUUCCACUUGCACUGAAAACAAGGAACUUUUAUGUGACCUUACCUUCUUCAACUUCCAGCAGAGCAAUGGAUGUAUUAGAAAGAUAUGAAGAGCCUUGUUCCUAUGUGUGCUUUUUUCCUUGGCAAGAAACAGUAUUUGUGAAGUCAUAAUGCACUGCAGCUUAGUGCAAUAGGAGAACAUACUCAAAAUAGUCUAGGGGUAAGUAUGGUAUAAAAAUACAGAAAAUACACCCUCAAAAAGAGGAGAAACAUCAGUGUUCUCUGCCUUUUUCCUGUUUGGUUGUGUUUUUUUCUCCAGUAAUAAUACUGAUGUCCCCCAUGUGCUUGAGGCUUACUAUGCACAGUAUUAAAAUGCUUAUCACAUUAUAUUAAAGGAUAGUAACUCCUUUGCUGUGAUGGUUUUGAAAUGAUCACAGCCCCUCUUUUUCCUUUUAUUUUUCUUUUGGUUUUGCGUAUUUCUCUUCUUGCACCAGGAAGAACAUAAAAUGUUUAAUUCUUAGAAUAGAGGUUUUGUUUUGGUCUUUGCCUCUUCAGUCCAUUUUAAUGCAGAUUAAAAUUAUUUGUAAAGUUUUGCAGUGCCUUGCAGAAACCCAGUGUUGUGUUGGCUGCAGCAUGAAUGUUUCAGGUUUCUGCUGCUAGUGCUGCAGAUAAAAUCAGCUGUAGCAAAGCUCUUCCUACGCUAUUGUACCAACAGCUCUUGAUCAAAGGGCAUUGAAAGAUUAAAAAUAAAAGUAAAAAUAACUGUGGUACCAAACCAUCCCUGACCUGCUUCAGAUUUGGGUAUAUGAAGUUCAGA